AUGCUCACUGGAGAUGACACGUAUUACACGAUUCUCGACAAGUUGACUGUCUUCAAUCUCUGGACACAGUACAAUCAACUCACUGCCACGUCGACUGAUCGAACCGACUUCCUGGGACAACCGGGAAUUGUUAAUGCCUGGUACCAGCCCGAGCUGAACAGCAUCACUUUCCCCGCCGGUAUCCUCCGUCCUCCUUUCUUCCAUCCAGAAUGGCCAGCGUCCUUGAAUUACGGUGGAAUGGGUCUUGUGGCUGGACACGAGUUGACACACGGAUUUGAUGAUCAAGGUGUGCAAUGGAAUGGAGUUGGAGCAUUGAACCCGUGGAUGACCGAUGGGAGCAAAAAGGGAUUCGAUGAUAUGGCAAAGUGUAUCAUUGAUGAGUACAGCUCAUUCUGUCCACUCAAGGGAACCAACUACACUCCGCAAUGUUUGAAUGGAGAAAACACGCAAGGAGAAAAUAUUGCUGACAAUGGAGGUAUCCAUUCGGCUUUCCGCGCCUAUCAAGUACACAAGAAUUUGAAUGGACCCGAUGCACAAUUGAAUGAAAGAGUCUUGGGACAAUUCAGUCACGAUCAACUCUUUUUCCUCAAUUUCGGCCAGGUUUGGUGUCAAAUGGACGAGACACCGGAUCAAUAUUUCCGUCAGAUCAUGGUCGAUCCCCAUUCCCCGGCCAACUACCGUGUGUUCGGUGCAAUCCAGAAUUUCCCGGCUUUCCGAUCGGCUUUCAAUUGUCCCGUUGGUGCCACAUAUUCCCCGGAGAAACAUUGCGAUGUGUGGGUGCCGAAGAAAACCCCG